AUGCUAUCUGGACUGAUAAUACUUAGUUAUAUCAAUAUUCAAACUUGUGAUGAGUUUCAAUUAGAUUAAGGAGAUGCAAUGGCUGUACUUUUUGACUAAAUGCUGUUUGAUUUCGUUUCAGCUAUUAUGCUAAAUAUGAUUUGGUGGUUAACAUAAAUUGCAAGCGGAAUCAAUAGAGCAUCAACAUAUUACUACUUUAUCUAUAGCUUAUAAAUCAAUGUAGAUUAGAUAAUUUAUCCUCUCAUAAUUGGUUGGAUUCUAUAGACUAUAACAGUAUAUCUUAUUGAGAAAAAGUUCAAAUAAAUGUUCAUUCAAACAUUUUAAGAAACCAAGAAAAGUAAAGAUCUAAUAAAUCUAGUUGAAGCCAUCUAACCAAUGCUUCUCGUACUUGUAAAGAGUGACCUAAAAGUAUUAUUUUCAAAUUCUAAAUUCAAUAAAAUUUUGAGUUCAAUUCAAGUUUUUACAAAUAAGCCAACUGAACUGCCUUUUCUUGAAUUAGUGUGCAAUAGUAAAUAAUCAGGUAAAAAACAGUAAAAUCAAAUGAAUUUAAAAUUUUAAUAAUAAUUUGGAACUUUCUCGACUAGUUGUGAAUUGUUAUCUAUAAAAUAAAUUCUAUCAGAACCAAAAUUAUAUUCAAAAAAAUUCAGACUUUCACCAUGGCUUUAAUUAACUAAACCGCUACCAACUAAUUCAGAAAAUGGCAAUACAAGUGAGAUAGUUGAUGCUUCAGAUAUUAAACUCAACUUCUAUAGUUAGUAAAAAUUUAUAGAAGAUUAAAAAUCUGAUUAAUCAAACUACUAUUCAAUAAAAGUAAGUGAUAUACUUUUUGAUGAUGAAGAUUGCUAUUUGUUUGAGUUAUUGGAGAUUAAGUAAAAGAGCAAAAGCAAAGAAUAUAAAAUCCAUUCAGAAGAUGAUUAAGAAUUUUAGGAGUAGUAAGAUCAUAAUUAAUUAUCACUUAUGUCUAAUUAAAACAGACGGUUAGAGAACUAAAAUCUACAAAAUUCCUCAUAAUUAAAACUAAACUUGCCAAUUAACAAAGAACACCACAAAUAAAAAUGA